GAAGUUGGAAAACUCAGGCCUGCCCCGGGGCUGGUCUCAAAUCCCUCCCGCUGUACCCAGUACCUGCAGCAAACAAAGAAAAUUGUGUUUGCCGGGCUGGCUCGCUGAAGUCACAAGAUUCCGGGCUGCACACAGUGCUCCGGAAUGCCUGCGAAACCUCCCGAGGAAGGAAAGGCUGUGCUCCCCACCUUUCAGAUAACUGCAUUUAGUACCAGCCUGAAAAACCAUGUAACAGGCAUGGACUUGGUGAAGAGAGACUGGCUUCCUUCCCAGAGAAAAGCCAAAGUUUGUUUUAUCCACGUGUGCCCGGGCCUGAAAGUGACUGAGCAGCCAGGGAGCAGCUAUGAGAUGAACAGUCGGCUUUUCUCAUCCCCAAAAGAUGACUCUGCCUGGGAAAGAAGUGAAACUCUUUCAAAAGCAGGAUUACUGGACAUGCGCUAUACUACAAAUGAUCAAAUCGCCCUUCAAAAUCUCCAGACUGAUGUUACAGAGAGGGAGUUGGACUUCGUCAAGGAGACACUGGCAUCGCGAGACACAAAAAUGCUAUCACCUAUUGUCAUUUCCCGGUUGAUUGAUGAAAAGAAGUCAAUGGAAAAUGGAGCCGUGUUGCCUCUGCCACAAGCAAUCGCUCAGCCUCAGCUGUGUACCUCAAAGCCAGCUGCAGCCAGGCGCAGUGGAGUGUACAUGCACAGGCCAUUUGUUUUAUCUCCAGAUGGACUGGGAAUUCUUACCCCACUGGCUGAGCAAGGCUCGGAGACAGAUCCACUGUCCGCAGGGGACAACCUAGGCAAAAGCCCUCACAGGGGGCUCUCAUCUAUUACCAUCACUGCCCGACGUGUGGGGCCUCCAGCCAGCAACUUGGUAUGGGACACAGGUAGGGACCCGCUCUGUCCGAAGUGCAGGACCAAGGAUGCUCGGCUCCAAAGUACCCCAGUUCUGGCUAGUGGUGCCCAUCCAUGCCAGCAUAAUGAACUCUUCACUUGUACAGAGUUCCCUAGUAAUAGCUCCAUAGAGGGACUGAAGGUUCCCCAUGCUCACUCAAGGCUAUGUGCAAGGCAGGAGCACUGGGUCCUGGAAGACAAAGGGGAUAGUGGUUCUUCAGACAAGUCGCCAUCGGGAAAAGUCCCACUGGUGUUCAGUUCCUGCGUCCACUUCCGGGUGUCUCAGCAGUGUCCCAAUGCCAUCUACUAUUUGGACAAGUCUCUUUCUAUCCCCCUUGAGCAAGCUCAAAUUGCCAGCCCCAAAAUGCACAGGUCUGUCCUGUCACUCAGCCUCCGCUGUAGUUCCCACAGGUUAACAGCAGAUGGAGUAGACGGCACAGCUAAUGGAGAGCCAAUCAGCAGAGCCCUGCCGCAGGAGCUCUUAGAGGGAAAGCAGGACCUCCUAGGCCCACAACGGGGCCAACCACAAGAAGGUCACUGGAAGAGGAGCCCAGCAUUGGUGCCAGCACAUUUGGAGAAUGGCACGUGCUCCCGGACUGGCUCUCCUCCACCUUCGGAAAGUGUCAAACUUGCAGACGUGGGAAAGAACCAGGUCCCAAUGGGAAAGGAGACAAAGGAUCGCGCAGCAUGUCCGACUAGGAGCCACAUCAACCAACUCUCCAUCCAUAUUCCUGGCUGGAGCUACAGGGCGGAUCACACAUGCUGCGACCUGGUUGUAAAACUAAAGGACUGCGAGAAACAUGGGGACCCCACUGCCACACCUGAGCCCUCGCCAGCAACCCCCUCUCCAGAAACCCCAGAGGGACCAGAGAGCUCUGACCCACUGGAAGAUAAUGCUGAGCCUCAGCAUCGGAUGGCCAGCUCUAUGACCUUGCAGGAAGCACUGGAAAUCCAUAGACCUCAGUUCAUUUCUCGCUCACAAGAACGGCUGCAGAAGCUUAAGCACAUGGCACAGCAAAGGAAAAGCCAGCAAAAGGAAAACCUGGGGCGGAAGCAGAGCCUACUUCCUGUCCGUGCCAACAAGAAGCAGUUCACCAUUCCCCACCCUCUUAGCGAUAACUUGUUCAAACCCAAAGAAAGAUGCAUUUCAGAGAGGGAGAUGCACAUGAGAUCUAAAAGGAUCUAUAAUAACUUGCCGGAAGUUAAAAAGAAAAAAGAAGAGGAAAAGAAAAGAGUGAUCCUACAGAGUAACAGGCUCCGGGCAGAAGUCUUCAAAAAGCAAUUACUGGAUCAGCUCCUCCAAAGGAAUGCAGUAUAAUCCCAGGUGGCCCUGCUAGCCACAGCCUGGAUCUGGAAGACUUCCAAUGACGACGGACGAAUCAUUAAACAACGCUAUCUUCACACGUGAAAGAUAACUUUUACUUUACUUCUGAUUUUUUUUUUUUUUCCCAUAAAGGAAAUGUCACUUUCAGAAUGACCCAAACAACAAAAGCAACACUACUGGAAGCAAUAGGUCAGCGAUCCAUUGAGGGGACUUCUCCCUCCUCCCCCGGAACCUACUAGAUUUAACCCUUUCCAUGUUUUCGCUUGUGGAUUUUACCCAUUGCUUCUGAAGUUUUCAUUAUAUCAUCCCCACUCAAGUAGGAAAUCUUUAUAGAGUCAAGCGUGUUUAGUUAGAUGUUUGGGAAUUUUUUGGGGGG